AUGGCGCGCAUCUCGCAUCAGGGUGCGGCCAAGCCCUUCACGGCUUGGACCACCAUCUUCUACUUGCUGCUUGUUUUCAUUGCCCCCCUCGCCUUCUUCGGCACUGCACACGCUCAGGAUGAGACUUCGCCUCAGGAGAGCUACGGAACUGUCAUUGGUAUUGAUCUGGGAACCACCUACUCUUGUGUCGGUGUUAUGCAGAAUGGAAAGGUCGAAAUUCUCGUCAACGACCAAGGAAACCGUAUCACCCCUUCAUACGUCGCUUUCACCGAUGAGGAACGCCUGGUCGGUGACGCCGCUAAGAAUCAAUACGCCGCCAACCCCAGACGGACCAUCUUUGAUAUCAAGCGCCUGAUCGGUCGCAAGUUCGAUGACAAGGAUGUCCAGAAGGACGCCAAGCACUUCCCCUACAAGGUCGUCAACAAGGACGGCAAGCCCCACGUCAAGGUUGAUGUCAACCAGACCCCCAAGACCCUGACCCCCGAGGAGGUCUCCGCCAUGGUUCUUGGUAAGAUGAAGGAGAUCGCCGAGGGCUACCUUGGAAAGAAGGUCACCCACGCCGUCGUCACCGUCCCCGCCUACUUCAACGACGCCCAGAGACAGGCCACCAAGGACGCUGGUACCAUUGCCGGCCUGAACGUUCUCCGUGUCGUCAACGAGCCCACCGCCGCCGCUAUCGCCUACGGAUUGGACAAGACUGGUGAUGAGCGCCAGGUCAUCGUCUACGAUCUUGGUGGUGGUACUUUCGAUGUCUCCCUCCUGUCCAUCGACAACGGUGUCUUCGAGGUCUUGGCUACCGCUGGUGACACUCACUUGGGUGGUGAGGACUUUGACCAGCGUGUCAUGGAUCACUUCGUCAAGCUCUACAACAAGAAGAACAACGUUGAUGUCACCAAGGAUCUCAAGGCCAUGGGUAAGCUGAAGCGCGAGGUUGAGAAGGCCAAGCGUACUCUGUCUUCCCAGAUGUCCACCCGUAUUGAGAUUGAGGCCUUCCACAACGGCGAGGACUUCUCCGAGACCCUUACCCGCGCCAAGUUCGAGGAGCUGAACAUGGAUCUGUUCAAGAAGACCCUGAAGCCUGUCGAGCAGGUUCUCAAGGAUGCCAAGGUUAAGAAGUCCGAGGUUGACGACAUUGUCCUCGUCGGUGGUUCUACCCGUAUCCCCAAGGUCCAGGCUCUUCUCGAGGAGUUCUUCGGUGGCAAGAAGGCCAGCAAGGGUAUCAACCCUGAUGAGGCUGUUGCUUUCGGUGCUGCCGUCCAGGGUGGUGUCCUGUCCGGUGAGGAGGGUACCGGCGACGUUGUUCUGAUGGAUGUCAACCCCCUGACUCUGGGUAUUGAGACCACUGGUGGUGUCAUGACCAAGCUCAUCCCCCGUAACACUGUCAUCCCCACCCGCAAGUCCCAGAUCUUCUCUACCGCCGCUGAUAACCAGCCCACCGUCCUCAUCCAAGUUUGUAAGUAUUUCAUUGCUCUAAUGGAACAUUUCGGAAUGUCUGCUAACUGA